UUUUUUUCUAUUCGUGUUUCAUCUGCCGUGCCGUGCGGAUCGUUUCGCUCGAUCUCUCCCGACCCCUUUGUGUGUGUACGAGUUCUACCGGCAUUUUCAUCCGGAUUCUGCAACGAGCCAAGAAAAGGCCCCGAAACUACGAAUCUUUGCUGAGUGAAAAGUAAAUUCACACGCACAACAACAACAACAACAUGCCUAUUCCGGAGCUCCAGAAGCCAGCGCCCGCCUUCGCCGGUACCGCCGUCAUCAACGGGCAGUUUAAGGAGAUCAGCCUGGAGCACUUCAAGGGCAAGUACCUGGUGCUGUUCUUCUACCCGCUCGAUUUCACCUUCGUCUGCCCGACCGAAAUCAUCGCCUACUCCGAUCGCGUCGAUGAGUUCCGCGCCAAGGGCUGCGAGGUGGUGGCCUGCUCGACCGAUAGCCACUUCACGCAUCUGGCCUGGAUCAACACACCGCGGAAGCAGGGUGGUCUGGGCGAGCUGAACAUCCCGCUGCUGGCCGACAAAUCGAUGAGGAUCGCCCGCGACUACGGUGUGCUGCAGGAGGAAUCCGGUAUCCCAUUCCGUGGCCUGUUCAUCAUCGAUGACAAGGGCAAUCUGCGACAGGUGACGGUGAACGAUCUGCCGGUCGGUCGUAGCGUCGAUGAGACUCUCCGGCUGGUCGAGGCGUUCCGCUACACGGACGAGCACGGUGAGGUGUGCCCAGCCAACUGGAAGCCGGGCAGCAAGACGAUGGUUGCCGAUCCACACAAAUCCAAGCAAUACUUUAAUGAUGUGAACUAAGUUUCCCCCCCUAUUCCUUGGCGUGUUGCUGUGUGCGUCCAUAUCUCAUGCAUUCUCUUUAUCAUACGAUCCGCGACGAAAGGUCAAUGAAACAUCCCCGGCGCACACUCCACGUCGUCCUCCUUUUUCGGGUCGGUAGAACCGAGCGGAGAAGCGGAAAAGAAAGAGAGAGGACAUUAAAAUGCUUAAAAGCAAAAAACAUAUGAAGCUCGUUACUUGUAAGUUAAAGGCACAGCCCAAGACCAUUGGUGGAGCGGAGUAGAUGGAAGCGAAUGUAAAAGCAAAAGCCCAAGAAGCAUUACCCCCCAAAAAACACACGAGAGAGCUAUGCUGUAUGGUAUGAAACCGCGAGAACAAUAAAGUAUUGAUUUUUUGAAAAAAUGAAA